UGCCUGCUCAUCUUUGCCCCUCCUCCCAGCAGUGGCUUCCUAACAGCUGUCUCCAUGGAAACGGGAGGUGGCAGCAAGGUGGCUUCAGCCAACCAGACAGGACAAGCAAAGAUGGAUGUUCAGAAGGAGGACGAUGUUCUUCUGGUGGAUGAAAAGUUUGACUUUGACCUUUCGUUGUCUUCUUCGAGCGCAAAUGAGGAUGACGAAGUCUUUCUCGGGCCUGUUGGACCUCAAGGAAUGCAUCCUGCCAGCCCACAGCUGCACAGUCACACUCCUGCUCAGCCCCCUCCGCCGGCGCCCGGGACUCCCUGUGCGUGGAGCCCGCUGAGCGGGGAGAAGUUCGUGGAGGUGUAUAAGGAAGCCCACCUGCUGGCUCUGCAGCUGGAAAGCAGCUGCAGGAACACGGCUAUCCAGGCUGCCAGGUCCGAGGAGCCCCGCAGCCCCAGCGUGGAAAAGUUCGUGCAGGAAUCAAAACUAAAAAUAAGCCUCUUCGAGAAAGAAAAGGAAAUGAAGAAAAGCCCCAAGUCACUUAAAAGGGAGACAUACCACCUGUCGGACAGCCCCCUGGUGGGACCUCUGCUCUCCGGUGUCCAGCCCCCGACUCCUGUCCAGGCCGGCCUCACCGAGAUGCUGGGGCCACUGCUGUCCUCAUGUCCCCCACCUGAGGAGUCCAGGGCUCCCCACCCUGCAACGCAGGCGAUGACUCAGAUGAAGAUCUCCAGCAAACUGCAGCUGCCCCGAACUGCAUCUGGCAGAGGAAGAAGCACGCGCCUGGCCGCGGAGAAGCCCAAGAAAGAGAUAUCAGCCAGUCCCUCCAGAAUGAAAACUCUAAACGAGAAGGGCCUCCACAGGGGUGAGCUCCCCGGCAGACCCAGCCCUGUUCUGGACGUGGCCCGGCCGGCCCGGAGAACUCACUCGAUCCCAGGCAAGCGGUCGCUGCCUGUCCCAGACAAGGUGGGGCUGAAGCGGACUGUGCUAAAGCCACCAGGUGGUGACGGCAGCCUUCUGAGGAAGUCCUCCUCCUCGGGCUCAGGCUCGGCCGCGAGCGUGGAGUCCAGGGGGUGUGCGUCCCCCGCAGCCAGCAGAGGGAAAUCGAGUGAAUUGUCAAGUAUUCCUGCCCGCAGUUCCCGGCCUCUGUCAAACACCAGCAAGUCAGGCAGGAUGGGCUUUGCCCUGGCCCAGCGGUCUGAGCCGGCAGGGACCCCCGGUGCACCCAACCAGAACCCCAGCAAGUCAGGCAGGAUGGGCUUUGCCCUGGCCCAGCGGUCUGAGCCGGCAGGUCCUGCAGGUGCAUCCAGCAGGCCCGCCAAGGGCACCGCCACUUGGUGGGCCACGGAGCAGCGCGAGGCGCAGCCUGAGGCCCACGCCACAGCUUCUCUCCCCCAGCCCCAGACUCCGGGAGGUGGAGGCUCGAGGCUGGACCCUGAUUCUGUUUCGUCACAGUCUUCGCAGCCAAGUAAAGCUGGAAGUAUAAGAAGGCAAGAUUCCUGCCUAAAUUCCAAGGCAAAGGCUGUUCCUACUCCCACAAAUCAAUUUAAAGUCCCCAAGGUUUCAACUGGUGAACCCCCAGACAGCGCAACCCCAAGGUGCUCGCGGGCGCAGAGGCUGCAGUCCUGCAGCUCCUAUGGGCAGGCUAUGGGCCACAGCACUCCUGCCAGGCGGUCACAGAGCCUGCUGAGGACGCCAGUGAGCACGCGACGUCUGUCAGCCCUGCCCACUCCUGCCAGCCGCCGCCUCUCUGGCCUGGCGCUGACAACACCCAAGACCAUGCCCAGGGCUCUGGCGUCUCCCCUGUGUGUGCCGGCCCGGCGAUUGUCCUCUGAACCCCGGAGGAGAUCUGCAGGGAGAGUGGAAGCAAGGGAGCGCGACAGGGAGGUCGGCUCUGGGCAGGCAGCCCUGUCCCCGACCAGGAGCAUCUCUCCUCCGUCCACGGUGCCUCAGGCACUUAACUUUUCCCCAGACAAAAGUGAUUGUACUUCAAAGAGCCGCUCCAUGGAAGCAGGUCUGGAGGAAGCCAAGCCUGGUGAAGGGAGGCCCCCUGAGGGUCUUCUCAUAGACCUCAGGCUGGACCAGCUGAGCAUCACCCCCAAAGCUGAGAGCCAGCCCCUCACCGACCUGCCCCUCAUCGACUUUGGUAACACUCCAGAGGCAACCGGGCCACAGGGUUCUGAGAACAGGCCUCUGAUCGACCUCUUGGUCAACACCCCAGACACAGGCACAGGUGCUGCCUUGAAGCCUUUACGGGUGCCGGGACAGCUGAUAGACCUGGGCUCUCCCCUGAUCCAGCUCAGUCCUGCGGCCGACAAGGAAAACGUGGACUCACCACUUCUCAAGUUCUGAGUGUAAAGACGUCCCUCGUCUUCUGCUCUGUCAGUCAGUCCUAAAGUGGUCUUCGACCCAGAGAAACAAAUCUGUGGAGACAUUUUAUCUGGAAAAGGGGAAAGCAUGAUAUACUUUGUCUGGAAGGGGGCCUGAGAGCUUUCGGUGCGGAUGGCCGAGUCUCGGGCCUCCAUCCCUCCUUCCUGCCCAGACCCUGGGCUGAAUGUAAAAUAGCAACUGGGUAUUUUUAAAGUUUAAGUUUAUAUGAAUAAAUAUAACUAAAUAUUCUAGAUUUAAAGAGUGAAAUAAAGUGUCUUAAAGCAUAUCUUGAUUUGUAGGCUUAUCUUGACUUUCAUACAUGCAUAGCUCUUUUUACCACUGUAAUAAGCACGCAAAAUUUAUAUCACCCAGACUUUACGCUUCUAUAAAAGUGAUUUUUGGGACUGGCAGGUGGCGUGGUAGUUAAGACAUGACCGGCCACAGUUCGA